UCACGUGGGACGUUUUCUGUGGAUUGAAGAUUAUUCCAGAGAAACGUGAGGGUGUAACCAGGGUCUCAGAGCAGGAAUGUUAGUUACUGACAGCAAGUGAUGAGCAACAGUCAACAUUAACAGUGAAAAUCACAGGACUUUUCCCCACUCGAUAUUGUAGGGAAUAUUUGAACUGCCCUUUCCCUGUUUGUGUGGCUAUAGUGUGAUUCCCACAGAAACCGAAAGCAGAUUAGCCUCUGGAUAUCGCCAUCCCAGACACACUUACUUUUAAGAGUGAAGAUUCUUGUCUUUCAAUGCCAAACCUAAUCAGGUCCUCGAAGAUGAGCUGCAAACACUGUAUUCAGGUCCUGUGGCUUGUGCUUCCCCUCUCACUGACUGCAGAGAAAUUCACAGUCACUGGCCCGGCCCUCCCUGUCCCAGCCAUUGCUGGUUCAGAUGUUGUCCUGGACUGUAAGUGUUCCAUAGACCUGCCACGAGAGGGUGUGGAGGUGAGAUGGUUCAGGACAAGAUACGACUCCCCUGUGCACUUAUACAAGGAGGGGCGACAGCAACUGGAAACACAGGAUGAAGCCUACAGACACAGAACACAACUGUUUGUAGAGGAAUUUAUCAACGGCGAUGUGUCUCUCAGACUGGGAGAUGUGCGGGUGUCAGAUAAUGGAGCGUACACGUGUUUUGUUGACUAUGCCGGAUGGUAUGAAGAGGCAGUGAUAGAGUUGAAAGUUAUAGUUCUUGGCAGUCAGCCUUGGAUUCACGUUGAUGGGCAGCACAGUGAUGGUGUGAGGCUGCGGUGUGAAUCCAGUGGAUGGUUCCCAGCACCAGAGGUUCUGUGGUUUGAUGAUCAGGGAAACAACUUAACAACACUCAGUAACUGGACGGUCAGAGAGGAUUCUAAAGGUCUCUUCAGUGUUAAAGGCCAAAUAGAAAUCAUCCAUUCAACCAAUAAGAUCAGGUGUCUGAUUCACAAUUCAGAAAAUGAACAAGAAGGCAAACUCCAAAUCUCAGUGUAUUCACAGAUGGUGUUCCUCUCCUUUUCCUUAUCCACACAUUCACCCUUGGAGUCUGGCUCUCAGGGACCGGACUAA